CUCUGGAAACCACAGUCACAAUGGGGCUUUGUACAGUUCAGCCUCUCACUCUCUCGAAGCUUCCUAAACCCUCCCUUCCUCACAGACAAACCCCUCUCUCCCCCAUCGCCAUAUUCUUUUCUCCUCCAAACGUUCGAGGAUCAAUUUGUUUUCGAAAUCGGUUGCCAAAGGCGACAACUUCUGAAGAUAGAUCUGGUGGAGCAAGUCAAGCUUUCGAUGAGAAACGUGAGGGUGUGAUAACCCUUGAGGAUGAUAAAGCCGUUGAUAAGAACGAGUUCAAUGAAAAUGAAGACACAAAGGGAGAGUUACCUGAUGAUGGACAGGGCUUGUCGUUGGACUUGCUUGAUAAGCUCAAUUUUGAUACAGUUGACACUGGUUCUAUUGUCUUGUAUGGCGGUGGUGUCUUAGUGGCUCUAUGGUUAACAUCAGCCGUUAUUGGUGCAAUUGAUUCUAUCCCAUUGUUUCCCAAGUUGUUGGAAGUCGUAGGGCUUGCAUAUACAUUAUGGUUCAGUUCCCGUUACCUGCUUUUCAAGAAAAAUAGGGAAGAGCUGGCUAUUAAAGUAGAGGAGCUCAAGCAACAAGUUUUUGGUUCAGAAGAUAAUUAGUUGUUCGGAUGAAAUAUUUGUGCUGCCCCUUUAAUACGAAUGUACAGUUACCAUUUGUUUAGUUAAGGGAAUAUGUUGAUACCGACACUUUCUUUGACAUGCAGGUACAUUGUAUGAUUAGGUUUGGUUAAGUAAAAUAUAGUCACCAUUCAGCCAUAGCUUUCACCUAUUCAGGGUAUUGCCACUCCCAAAUUGUCUGUAAGAGCAGUGUAGUUAUCCUUUCGUUUUGCUCUGUUGCACGUUGCGGUUUUUCUUUUGAAGGACACGUUUCAUUUCCUCAAAAGCACACUCGAUAAACGAGUUUAGCUCCUUGGAAAUUAAGAAUGUAUUUUGAAAGAUAAAGAAUAGAAGGCACCAAUUUCUUCCGCG